GUUUUUUCUUUUUUUUUUUUCUUCUAUUCUAGAUUGAUCCUGCAUUUGCCGUAAUAGGUAAUGAGCUAUACUGCAAAAAGGUCAGUACCUAUAUGUGUACCUACGUAAGGAAAGGUAAGGUACAUAGGUAGGCGUAACUUGUAAGGUUCGGCAGGAUGUAAGUGGUUCGACACUACUUAUUAGAUUCUUUACCGGAGUGCCGGAAACACUCCUUCAACAACUACGCGGCUUAUUGAUUAACACAAAACUGCCAUUCCAUAUUUAUUUAUUUUUUUUUUUCUUCAUUGUUCCUAUACGCUUACUCCAGCAAGCUUAACGGAGACAAAUCUAGAUACCCGACUACUCAGCAGACUUUGUUUUAUAUAAUAAGGACGAACCGGACCCCUAAAGGCUACGUACACUUCAUGUUAUAAGCCGGUUGCUUCAACUUACCUCGAAAUAUGCCUGUGCAGAGCCUCAUUGAGGCCUUGAGCUUCCCGUACCAUGAACCUCGGCACGGCUUCUGGGGCGAGAAAACGUCCACCUUGAACUUUUGCGAGGAGGACUAUGUCAUGAGCUACUACUGUGCCGAAGUCUGCAAUACCCUCACCAAUGUUCUCUUCGUGUUGCUGGGCUAUAAGGGCAUCCGAGGGUGCAUCAAAUAUUCACACCCUGCCAUUUUCAUUGUCACAUUUGCUGGAUACAUGGUGGUGGGCCUAGGGUCUACCUUUUUUCACGCUUCUCUCAAGUACCCCAUGCAACUUGUGGACGAGCUCGCUAUGAUAUAUACGACUUGUUUCAUGUGCUUCGCUACGUUCACUUAUGGCAGGUCUCUUCGCUUCUCUGCCUUCCUUGGCACAGGCCUCCUCUGGCUUGCGUGGUUUAUCACUGCAAGGUACUACAAAACCAAGGAUCCCCAGUUCCACCAGGAUGCCUACGCGGUUUUGACAGCUACGGUGGUAUUCUCGAAUAUAUGGAUUAUGGAGCGGACACUCCGUCCGGCGCUGAAGGUGAGAGAAGAGAGUAGAAAACGAGAAGCUCGCGCUCCGAGGCUCCCGACGGCCAAUGAGACGAUCAGGGAGAUGUGGGUCAUGGUUGCGACAGGGCUCAGCGUAUUCCUCGGCGGUUAUCUUAUCUGGAACUUGGAUAAUAUGUACUGCAAUACUAUUCGCAAGUGGCGGCAUCAACUCCAGCUUCCCUGGGCUGUCGUGCUUGAAGGGCAUGCUUGGUGGCAUCUCAUGACCGGAAUAGGUGCAUAUUUUUACAUCGUCUGGCGUAUUUGGGUCCACCGAUGCUUAGACGGCGACGAAGAUAAAUUUCGACUCGCUUGGCCAUACAUCCUCCGGAUGCCAGAAGUAGUCGCCAUAGACGACAUACCGGAUAAGAAAAGGCAAUGAAGAGAGAGAGAGAAAAAAAGAAAGAAAAGAAGAAGAAGAAAGCGCCAAAUUCGAUAGAUGGUUAGAAUGGUAGCGAAAAACCAUGUUAUAAUAAGCGUACGCGAGCAGAGGAUAGAUAGCAUAUCCAUUUGGCGUUUAUUGAUAUUAGAGCCUACGCUACAUUUGGGCUAGACUAGAACUUUAAUAGAUUAUCUAAAUGAAUGUAUAAUGAGUUGAUUAUA